AUGUCCACGAAGUUCUUUUUCAUUUUUUAUGGCCUAGCCUUGCUGGUCACCGUCGCCCAGACGGCGCAAAACUGGCAUGCCCUUCACGUGCAACCCGAACAGCUGCAUCUGGCGCUUGGUUCAAACACCAACGAGAUGGUGGUGACGUGGACAACGUUCAACGAGACGAAGCAGUCCACCUGCAAGUACGGCCUGGGCGACGCACUGAACCUGGUGGCUCACGGAGCGCACCACAAGUUCACCGACGGCGGCCACCUGAAGCGCUUCAUGUUCAUUCACCGAGUGUACCUGACCAAUCUGACGGCCGCCAGUCGGUACGCCUACCACUGCGGCUCCGCUGACGGCUGGAGUCCGCUGUACCACUUCAAGACGCUGCCCAGCGAUGAGUCGUGGAGUCCGAAGUUCGUCGUCUACGGAGACCUUGGUAACAUCAACGGUCGCACGCUUGGUCGUCUGGCAGAGGAGGUGCAACGCGGCGAUCACGAUGUUCUCCUCCACGUGGGUGACAUGGCCUACGAUCUGCACACUGACAACGCCCUCGUCGGUGAUGAGUUCAUGCGUCAGAUUGAGCCCAUUGCCGCCUACCUGCCCUACCAAACGUGUCCUGGCAACCACGAGCACACGUACAACUUCUCCAACUACCGUCAUCGCUUUUCGAUGCACUCUCAGGGACACCACGAGGUGAACAACAUCUUUUGGUCGUACAAUAUCGGUCCGGUCCACCUGGUGGCGUUCAGCACUGAGCUGCACUACUUUACGCAGUUCGGCCAUGAGCAGAUAAUGACGCAGUACAACUUCCUCAAGAAGGACCUGGAGGAGGCCAACAAGCCGGAGAACAGAGCCAAGCACCCUUGGAUUAUCACGAUCGGCCACCGACCGAUGUACGUGCAGACGCAUGUCGUCGAUCUGCUGCGAACUGGAAACCACACUCACCACUGGCCCGGAUUCGAACAGCUCUUCUACGAUGCUGGAGUCGAUCUUCAGUUCUACGGUCAUGAGCACAACUACGAGAGAAUACUGCCCAUUUACAACAACAAGAUUCACAGCGGCACCACUGAUCCGCACAAUCCCUACCACAAUCCAAAAGCCCCCGUUCACAUAACAACAGGCAGUGCCGGCAACAGAGAGCUUCAUACUAAAAUUCAUGCUAAACGAAGUCAUUACAGUGCCUUCAUCAUCGAAGAUUACGGAUUCACCUACAUGAAAGUCAUCAAUCACUCGCACGUUCACAUUCAGCAGCUGUCAGAGGAUAAGGGCGGAAAGGUCGUCGAUGAGUUCUACCUAAUCAAGGACAAACACGGAGUUGAGGCGUGGAAAUAA